AUGGCUGAGCCACUCUGGCAAGAAAUCCUCCGCAACCGCCUCAUAGAGCGCAACUCGCGCGAGUCCGCCUACGCCCCAAUCAUCGAGCAAUAUCGCAGAUUGGCACAGCAGGCGAAGCUGCUGAAGGAGCGGAAUGCCUCCCUCCUACGGGCAAUGGGCACAGCCCGUGCAAACCCCAGCAGCUCAACCGUCUUCGUGCCGGGUUCCGGCGAUGAAAAUCCCAUACGAGUAGCCUAUAUUACCUCUCUGGAGUCGCAGAUAUCAUCGUUGCGGGAUGAACUCGCGGCUGUAUACAAGACCCAGGGACAGAACGCUCAGAGGCUACUGGCGAUGAACGAGACUCUGAGGGAGAAGGAAGAGAUGUCGCGGUUGGACUCGGAGCACCUCAGGAAAGCGCGCGACGAAAUCGCGGUUCUGCGCAAGAAGGUAGACCAGCACAACGAGCUGAUGGCUGAGAAGGAUCGGACUGCACAGAUCCUCCACGAUGAGAUCAACACGCUACAACUAGAGCUAGGUCAGAUAGAAGAGCGCAACCAAACGUUGACCAAAGAUAAUGCGAAGCUCCUACAGCGGUGGCUGGACGCAAAGCAGGCGGAAGUCAACAAAAUGAACGCGGCAAAUGACUUCUACGAGGACAUGCAAUCGCAGCACCAGGCGGUGCUGAACUGGCGGUCAGACUCGGGGCAUAGCGAGGAUAGACCAGAUCCCCCAUCCUCGUCCCACGACGCGGUGUCGGGAAACGGAGAGGAGAAGAGGGAGCUCGAAACAGCGACGACGAAGGAUGGGACGCCAUCUCCGGGGGAGAUGAGCGUGAAUCUGACACCGAAUGGCUAA